AUGGCAGUAAGACAGUGCUCCGCGAAGCUCGACCUUAAUGCUCUUUACACGCCUUUCUGUAACCUGGUUUCAGGCAAACAAUGUCUAGGCAUCAAUAUCCAAGGAUACGUGGUAAAUGCCGUCCAAUUACAGAGUAGCGGAGGACAGUCCGUCUUGCUGGAGGAUUGUCACUCUAUUGUCUAUCGAAUAGUCUAUUUUGAUUACCCGACCACAUUGAGCUUCUUGCCAGGAGACUUUCUCACUCUCCAAAAUAUUAACUUGUUCUUUACUGGUGCCAUUUUUCUUAAUUUCUUUUUUAUUUCCUUCUCUUUCCUUUUACGUAAUGAUAAUCAAAAGUAUGUCCAAAGGGGUAGUUCUUGGGAACUAGUUGCUUUAUCAGACUGUAUGUAUUGCAACAUGGGAUACUAUGUACCAUAUCCUCCAAGGACAGAUCGUUCUUCUGGCGCUAACAAGCGUAGCAAACAGAUGUAA